GCACCACCUGCACACAUACCCAGCCCAGCAAGAUACGUCUUCCGUCCUUACAUAUUCCCACCCGACCAGUACUUCACCCAGUGCCUCCUCUACAGGGCCGACAUUACCCGCCAGCCAGAAUUCCUACGAAUUCCUCCUAUCCGGUCAACACCGAGGCCCAGGAAACGCCCAAACCCCAGCCGUGUCCACCACCAAUUCCGCCCUCUCCCCAGGCGCUCUCUCUUCUACUUCCUCCACAUCGCAUUACGACCCACUCGCACUUCCCCUUCCGUCUGGCAUGAUCGGCUCCGUCCCACCCCAGCCAGCACCCUUCCAAACGGGCAACGUAUCGCAGUACAUGACCGAUGUUUCGAAUGCGGCGUUUGAAGAAUUGGGCCGGAGACAGCAGUACAUCAGCGCUGCGAGUACGCAUACGUACCCGAACAUGGAUGGUCUAGACACCAACAAUCUAGGGGGCAACAUUCAUCCAAGCGCUAUCUACUCGAGCUUCAGCUUUGAUAACACUGGCUUGCCACCGUAUCCGCAGCUGCAGCAUCAGAAUGGAAAUGCCUUCCACCAGCAACAUCAUGAUCAUGGGUUUGCAGAUCUCUCACAGGCGAUCCCGGAGCAACAGGACAUGUACUACCCUCAGCCCAACGGUUUCCCGGAUUACCCUCCGCAGCACGCACCACAUCAACCGGAGCCACCAUUCCCUAGUGGUCUGAAUGCUCAGCAACCGUAUGCCAGCAUCUCCCCAUCACCGUGGAACGACGAGUACAUGUCGGGUGAUAACCAAUAUGCGCCUCCUCCUGCGCCGGCUCGGCCCUCAGCUGUACAGCUUGCACCCCAGCAAUCCACCCCCAGCUCUUCACUCUCCCUCACAGGUAACGGCGCCUCCCCCGAAUCCUCUUGUCGGUUGCAAAAUCCAUAUACCGCCCGCGCCAGCGUGGCAACCGCCCCGAGUAGUUCCCCAGCAUCAAACCCGGCAAGCAAGAAGCGAAAGAUCGUGCUGAAACAAGAAGGUGACGCGGACGACGACGACGAGGAUAGUGAUGCUGCAGGGCCGGUGAACGGGGCGCAGCAGAAGGAGAAAGAGCAGAAGAAGACGCCUCAGGCGUGCUCUCACUGCAAGCGGCUUAAGAUGAAAUGCGUGCGAGAGGAGGGGCAGGCAAAGUGCGAACGCUGCUUGCAUAGGAACCAGGAGUGCGAGUUUCUUGGAAGGAAGCCGCGUGUCAAGUCUAAUUGGCGUGACGUGCUGAACAAAAAGCUACAGGAGAAAGACAAGACGAUCCAAUAUCUCCUAAAGCAACUGAACAACCCUUGGACGACGGUGCCCUUUCACGCCACGUCCAAUAUCGCGCUACAAGGCGCUAGUGUUACCGGGGCGUACAACGCGAGCAAGCUGCCGCCGACGCAGCGAUCCCCAUCUGACAUCCAGGCAUGGGUGGCAGAUGCGACUGCAGCAACUUCCGCCAACGGAUCGGGCGGGGCGGACCACCUCUCCCCCGCGUCGGCAAAGAGCCAGCCACAAAGCAUCCGUGCGCAGCUGCUGAGUGAGGGUGAAGCCGACUCGGACGGCGAGGCGGACGAGUCUGGUGAACUGGACGGUGCAGGGAUAAAGCGUGGCCGGUCACCGGCCGAGUUGAUCCCCAUGCCUGACACGCCAUUCGGUCUCUUGGCAGACAGCAGCAUGCGCGUCAACAAGGACCGCGACGGGAAGGGCAAGGGCGCGGAGAGCUCGGCCAGCGAUGGCGGCGGCGACGCGCCUGAUGAGGAAGAGGCGGUCGGUUUCGCCAACCAGAAGUUCUUUGCGCCUGGUCCAACGGUUAAUGCCGGUCUUCGCCGAAGGAUCAUCGAGUGGCAGACACCGCCCGAGAUCACCGAACGAGGGAUCGUCAGCCCGGAUGAGGUCAGGAAGCUGUUCAGCAUAUUCUACGACCGCCUGAACCCCGUGCUGGCUAUCUUCGAUCCUGCAAUCCAUACCCCAGCACAUGUAUACGGUCGUUGUCCCUUCCUCUUCACCGUUGUCUGCGCCAUCGCCUCCCGCUACUACCGAGACCGACCCGAGCUGUACCAGAUCGCAAUGCACCUUGCCCGGACGUCGGCAGCUACCUCACUCAUCAACCGAUGGAAGAGCCUUGAGAUCUGCCAAGCGUAUAUCCUUAUGAGUGUGUACUCCCUUCCUGCCAAGCGGUGGGAGGAAGAUCGCAGCUGGCUCUACCUCGGUCUCGCUAUCCGCAUGGCGACGGAUCUGAAUCUGCAUGUGCCAGUAACGACCAAAGCACCGGAUGAAGUGACGGAACGCGAGAUCCUGAACCGCUACCGUACCUGGCAGAUCUGCUUCAACCUCGAUCGAUCCGCCGCCACCCAGCUCGGCCGGCCCACCGCCAUCCGUGAAGACUACAUCAUCCGUCAUUCGGCUAACUUCUACAAACGCUCAAAGUAUAAUCACCCGUACGAUAUACAUCUGUGCGCAUACACGAGUCUGCUCAGGAUAAUGGCGCGUUUCCUUGAGGCUGUGUACUCGGAUCCGAACGCUCCUACGGGGUUGAACAAGAACAUUGACUGGCUUGGCGUUACGACCAAGUUUGAAGAAGAGCUGCAGAAGUAUAAGAAGGAUACCGAAGCGCGCUUCGCCGUCGAGUCGAAUAAAAGAGAUCCGGCAUGUCGCUAUCGUGUCGAGCUCCUUCCUUUCUUGUUCCAGUAUUCCCGUCUUGUUCUGUGGUCCUUUGGCUUCCAACAAGCCUUCGAGAAAAAGCUUGACCCUAAAGCACUGUCCAAUUUCUUCAAGAAUGCCUACGGUGCUGCGACCGAGGUCGUUCGGAUCGUGGUUACCCGACUGUCGAAGACUGAAUACUUCAGUUUCGCACCCGAUGGCCACUUCCUUUUCGUGGCGUUUGCUUCUGCUUUCCUGCUGAAGUUGCUUCGCCCCGAAUUCUUGCCGCUGCUUGCGGACACCCAACAGGCACAUAUCGUCAGUAUGAUCACCUCCGUCGUCGAGGUGUUCAACAGCGUCGCGAUCGAUAAUAUGCACACCCCUCGCUUGUAUGCUCGCUUCCUUCAGACGCUUCUGGAGAAGCGGCAUACUCUGGAAGAACCGGCCCCAACCCAAGUACCUCCCGAGCCAGAGAACGUGUCGAAGGAACCGAUGCCACGAAUCAAUGGUUCUGCACCGCAAAACUCGGGGAUCCCUGCUCCAGUGCUUGCGCCCGCCGUCGCGGUUACCACAGAGGUCCAGAUGCCUGCGCCAAUUCCGCAGCAGUUACCGGCACAAGCUGCCCUGCCAACCCCUCCUACCUUGUACGUCGAGGGCUCGGUCUCUGGCGCUGUCAGCACUGUAGGCGACGAGACCGAAGUACCUCCAUCCACGUAUGGUGGCAGCCUGUUUAAUCUCGAUGAUAUGGAGAACGACGACGAUUAUCUUGCUUCUAUGCGAGCCUUGAACAACGCGAACUGGGCAUCCAACAUGUUGUUGCCUGGUUGGACCUGGCCGGCGGACGAACCAAUGGAUGGAUGGUUUGCGCAUGGACCGGAAGAACAGCUCCCUGUCCCUGAUGCAGCAAGCUACAUAGAUCAGCUCAGCACCUUCAAUUUGAAUACCAUGUAGGAGGCCGAUUUGUUUACCUGUCAUUGCAUUUGUUGUCUCAUUAUUUAUGGGUAUUGUGGUUCACUAUGGUCAUUUCCGGUCACUUGUCACGCUUCAUGUAUAUAUCCUCC